AUGAACGCCGCCUCCGAAUGGGUGCCGAGAAUAAUAAAGAAGAGCUUCUCCGGGAGCCUGGACGCGGAUCUCGGCGGAAGUCAGUCGGAGCGGCAGCAGCAGCGGCGGCGGCGGCGCGCGAAGAACAGGACACUGUCUGGCGGCCAAGCGGGCUGGCUGCGGGCGGCGGCGGCAGCGGAUGGGGACCUUGAGCCGGCCGGUGGCUACGGAGGCGGCGGCAGCGGCAGCGGCAGGGGCAGGGGCUGGCAAGCUGACGGGACAGCGGCAGCGGUGGCGGCGCUGGCGGCGGUGACAGACCCAGGCCCCGGCAGCAGCGACGAGGUGGCGGGGGCUGGCUGCAGCGGCCGGAGCGAGCAGCCCGCGGGGUCGUGA